UUAUUUUUUAAUGAGUCCGAGGGUAGAAUUGUCUUUGUAGUGGUUUUACUAAAGUGAGCAUCCUCGAGGUUCUCUCCGGCUUCCUUCAGUGUCCGUUGGUAACUCAUCACCGCUCACCGCUCUCAUUCUCUCUCUCUCUCUCUCUCUCUCUCUCUCUCUCUCUCUCUCUCUCUCUCUCUCUCUCUCUCUCUCUCUCUCACACAUUAAACCAACGUUACUUUGUUUCAUUAAUGUUAACAUGAGCAGAGUGCGCACUGCACACCAUUCCUGCAACCACCGCCGGUUAUGAAUCCCACAACCGACCAACUACCACCACCGCCACAACAGGCGUUGCCAUUACAGCCACCAAGAUCCUCCUUCAGCUGCGACCGCCAUCCCGAUGAGAACUUUUCUGGAUUCUGUCCAUCAUGUCUCUGCGAACGUCUCACCACUCUAGAUCAAUCAGCUAACGCCACCGCUGCCGCUUCCUCCUCCCGUCGUAAUUCCACCUCCUCCGCCACUGCUGCUGCUCUCAAAUCGAUAUUCAGAGUGCCUUCCUCUUCCAUCACUACCUUCGAAGCCUACAAAAACAAAACAGCAGCUACAGCUACAGCUUCAGGUUCAACCAGAACCUCAUUUUUCCCUGAGCUCCGCCGCACAAAGUCUUUUUCCGCCUCGAAAAACGAAGGAUUAGGAUUCUCUGCCGGCGUUUUCGAGCCUCAGCGGAAAUCUUGCGACGUUAGGGGUCGUAACACGCUCUGGACACUCUUCUCCAUCGACGACGAAAAUAAACCCAGGCAUUCCUCCGCUCAACAACAAGCCCUAGGAAACACUGGGACCCUCCUCGAGACCAACAAAGAAGACGACGAAGAAGAAGAAGAAGAUCAAUUUCACAACGAAGAAAUUGAACUUGCCGAAGAGCAAGACGUGAGUAAUUUUAACGAUCCUGAGAACGACAUUGUGGAAGAAGUGGCUGAAAUUCAAGAAGAAGAAGAAGAAGAAGAGAAUGCAAGUGUGGACGAUUUGAAGACCAUGAAGGAUCACAUAGAUCUCGAUUCGCAGUCUAAAAAACCAUCAUUAUCAAAUUUCUGGUCAGCGGCGUCGGUUCUAAGCAAAAAAUGGCAAAAAUGGAGACGAAAGCAGAAGAAGAGCAGCAUCGACGGCAACGGCGUCCUCUCAUCGUCAACAUUGCCGGUAAAGAAACCGAUGUCGCGUAAGUAUCGAGAGACUCAGUCCGAAAUUGCUGAUUACGGAUUCGGCCGGCGAUCCUGCGACGUUGAUCCCAGAUUUUCACUUGACGCGGGUCGGAUCUCGUUUGAUGAUCCGAGAUACUCCUUCGACGAGCCUAGAGCUUCUUGGGACGGGUAUCUAAUCGGCCGGACUUUCCCACGGCUUCCUCCCAUGGUAGAAGAUGCACCUGUGGUGCAGAUACCACGUUCCGAUAUGCAAAUCUCCGUCGAAGAACCACCGACAAAUGUAGAUCUUCUUGUCCCCGGUGGAUCAAUCCAAACCCGAGAAUAUUACUCUGAUUCUUCCUCCAAGCGCAGGAAAAGCCUCGACAGGUCAAGCUCCAUCCGAAAAAUGGCCGCCGCUGUAGUGGCGGAAAUGGACGAACCAAAAACAACCACCGUUCCAGUCUCAAACGCCAAAGUUUCUCCGGCAACCAUCGAUUACAAUCACGGUCAUGGCGCCUUAAAAAGAUUUCCAAGCAUCGGUGGUGAGCGAGAAUUAGCAAGGGAUUCAUAUUCAAAUUCCUUAAGAGACGAUUGCUCAGAGACAUUCGAAUUAGGGUUCAGAGACAACGGCGAGAAGAAGGAGGGCAAGAAACCAAGACGGUGGAGAUGGAAGUUAUGGGGGUUCAUCCACCGCCGUGGAGGAUCCAACAAAGACGACGACGACGACACUUUCAGCAGAGUAAACGGCGUCGAGAGAUCAUACUCGGAAUCAUGGCAAGAUCGAACAGAAUCAAAAGGGGGGUUUAACAAAAAAGUAUUACGAAGCAACAGUAGUGUAAGUUGGAGAAAUUCUUCAUUCAACACCACCAAGAAACCAAACUCUGAAACCAACGGGAAGAACAGGAAAGUUGGAGGAGAUGAAUUUGUUCUUGAGAGGAAUCGAAGUGCAAGAUAUUCACCAAAUCACACAGACAGUGGACUCCUUCGUUUCUACUUGACUCCGUUGAGGGGUAGUCGAAGGAAUGGAAUUGGAAUUGGAACUGGAAAAAGUAAACCAACAAGCAACUCAAAUUCAAUUGCCAGAAACAUGCUUCGACUCUACUGAAAACAUAAACAAGUAUGAUUGAUGGGAGAUUAAUGCUAAAAGAGUUAAAAAUCAUACUGAAAGUUGCAAGAAGACAAAGAUUAUUUAUGAAGAUGCUUUCCUAAGAAGGUAAUAAACUCACACAUGUACUACUCAUAAUGGAUCAUUGAGGUUGAUAAGAAAACACAACACACAGGUGUGAAUUGUGAAAGGUAAAGGGUUUGAUCAAAAGAGGAAAGGUGGUGUGCUAAAUUGGUAAAAAAGGAGAUUGCUUCUUUCAAACAAGGCUAGGAAUUUAGUUCACAUUUGACAGAACUUUCACUUACUCCCUCUCGCGUGUAGUUUUUCGGAUCUUUCGAAAUGAUUUGUAACUUUGUAUUUGGCAAUGAGAAAUUUUUUUCCUCUUC